AUGAGCAGCAGCGAGUGCAGGGGCAGCCUGGACAGCUGGAGCUCGGGAGUCACCUCCCGUCUCCACAGCUCAAUCAAGAAGCAAAGCCAGGCAGCCUUUCGAACCCGACUACGAGAAAAGAGAAGGUGGCCAGCCAAUCCAGCCGGGGGUUAUCGUUACAGAGCACAUCCCAUGGAGCAGGGAGGGUGGAACAACCACAUCGAAUGCCAUGCAUGGCAGCAUCAGACAGAGCAUCAGGGGAGGGGUUGUGUUCAGAACCAAGCUAGCUCAAAAAGAGAUCAAGAGUGUCUGCUGGAGGGAAAGAGUCAAGGCCAAGUGAAGUUUUCACAGUUUCUGGACGAGGUUACAUCCAAUGUGCUUGACCCAAACAGCUUGCAGGCAUUUGGGAAACUAACAAAUCUCUCCAGCUCCAUCAUUUCAACUGCAGGUCUUCCACAGCAAAAUGAGAACCAAGUGGUGACCCAGAAGAGCACCAGGCUGCCCCGUUCAAUGGCACAGCAGCAGGACUUCUUACUGGAGCAGCAGGCCCGGGAGGACCCGGCUCCAGUUGACCUGCCUCCAAAAAUGUAUUUGGAGACAGAUAUUGACACAGUGAGACGGCAAAACCAAGCAGAAGAUGCGGAGAUCAAACCUGACAUGCCACCACUGUUACUGAUCGAUGACCAAAAUGUGAUUCCACCCCCUCCGAAUUUCUGCCAAGGAUUUGAAAUGAAACAUUUUCUGGAAUUUAAUCACAACUUCCCCAGAUACCCCUGCAGAUCUAUCUCUCUGCCCAAAGGUAUCAACAUGGUGUGUGACGAUGGCAUGAGCCACAUAAACACCAUCAGCUCAUUGCUGGAGCAGAAAGAAGACCUGCGGAAGCGACUUUCCUUCACCACACACAAGCUGGAGCUGCUGCAGAGCGAGUUUGACGCCACGCGUCAGUACCUGGAAACCGAGCUGCGCCGCGCUCAGGAAGAACUGGACAAGUUUACCGAUAAACUGCGCAGGAUCCAAAGCAGCUACUCGGCACUGCAGAGGAUCAACCAAGAUCUGGAGGAGAAGAUUCACAGAGAUUCGCAACACCAUGAAGACGAAAAGCGAGCCCUGAGCAGAGAGAUCAUCGUCCUCAACAACCACCUGAUGAAGGCCAAGAUCACCAUCGACAAGCUUCAAGAGGACAAUGACGUCUACAGGAAGGAUUGUAACCUUGCUGCUCAGCUUCUCCAGUGCAACAAGUCUCUUUACAGGGCCCAGCUCUCUGAGCUCCCUACUGACUUUCAGGAGCGACUGACUAUGCAGAUGGAAGAAUCUCCACUCUGCCGCACGUACUCGGACUCUGUGCCGGCCUCGCUCAUCGGGCAGGCGCUCGAGAAACCUGAUGAGGCGUGCUGCAGCAGCCAAGCCUCACGCUCCCCCAGCCCUCACACUCCUGAGCACGCUUUCAUUCUGGAGACAUUGGCCCAAGGGGAGCGCCUGGGUCUGCGUGCGGCCUACAAGUCCGACCUGUACAGCAGUGACACCGCCCUUUACUGCCCCGACGACCGGCACCGGGAGCGCAGGCCCAGCAUGGACCUUCACGGUCAGAGGAAGCUUCUCUAUGAACCGCAGAAUUCCACUGACAGCAACCCGGAAGAGUGCUCUGUGGGCCUGAGACCUGGUUUCACCCAGGAGCACUUUGCUGAGUUCCCUCCCUUGGGCGUGGGCUCCAGCUCCUACUCCAGCUUCAGCGGAGGGGGCUCAGAAGAAAAAGCCAACGGGCCGCCGAGCAGUGGCGCUUCUUCCCCACAUCAUCACACCCUCUACAUGGACUGGAGGGACGCGGGGGACUACGAGAGGAAGAGCGACUCGUCCUGGGAGAGAGAUAGUCCUCGAGGGUUUGGUAACAAUCAUCCCUUCCAGCAGACGGAGAUGAUCCACCAGCAGAACAGCAGCUCACCUGUGUACAGUCGCACCAUGUCCUCCUGUUUUAGCGAACCCUACGAGCCCCUGCCUCCAUCGUCCUCCCCAAGCGUCGCUUAUGGGGACAGCCGCCGAGGAAGCACCCUUGCCCCCGAGGAGGAGGAGCUGAUUGGAAGAUGGCGGCAGCUGAGCGCAGAGGACUUGAGCUCUCACUCCUACCGCAGUCCCGGCCGGGCUUCGCCAUACAGCUUCUCUGAGCAGCACUUCUCCGUCAGGCCAGCUAAGAUCCGCCUGGGGCCGCUCUACAGCAGCUUCCAGGAAGGUGCCGACUACUACCACCAGCAGGGACCCGGCGUCAUGCAGGAUCCGGUUUGGGUGGCUGCAAGUCCAGAGUGCAGCCCGGUGCUCCGCCAGGCUCACAGCCAAGCCCACUUGUACGAGGACAGCCAAGGCUCCGAGCACAGCCUCUACCACUCGGGCAACUCCAAAGACCAAGAGGGUAAUGAGGCAUCUGGAGGCCAAAGCGUUGAUUAUGGGGACCAAAGCCCCAACAGCUCCACCGAAUCCCUCAACCGCCGGUCCUUGGAGAUGGCGGCGGACCUUCAGCACUUCCAGGCAGAGAUGCACAACCUGUCCGCCCAGGUGAGCCCGUCUUUGCCGCCACCAGCGCCGCCCCCUCCGCCACCGUACCACCAAAAAUUUGGUUCUCUGGGACUUUCCCGGAAAGACAGUCUGACCAAGGCGCAGUUGUAUGGAACACUCCUCAACUGAAGAACCUUACAGAACAACGGGAAUAGAAGCCACAGAAUUGUUAUGUAUUGUGAAAAAGGUGAGGAGAGUAAGUCAUGUCAGUGAGAGACCACUAUACAUUUGUAAGAACGGAACGUGUGCAGUGGCACCUUGACUUACGAGAGUUUUCCAAGUUACGAGCAGAUGCUUGGUUGAUUUUGGUUUUUUUUGCUUUGUGUUGAAAGCCAAAAUUUGGAUCACGCCCGAGCUUCAGAUAUGCUGCCGCUUGUGGAAAAACAAAGGAGUUGCCGAUGCACUUUCAGCUUUUUAUUGAACCGCACAAACAGUCAAACACAAAAAUACAAUAUGAAAACAUUGAAAAACACUGAACUAACUGCAUGGUUGAAUGGCUAACGAGCUGGAGUCAGAGCUCCUGACAUCACUCAUUAGGCCACGCCCUUGAAAGGCACACAUCAACACACAAAUACUACAGUGUCUGUGUGACUUUCUGUUAGAUUACACGUUAUUAAACAAGUUCAUUUCUUAAAAUUAUUUUUUAUUGUGUUUUUAUUACAAUACAGGACUAAUUAAAAAUGUAUUGCAAUACAAGGACUAAUUAAAACAAAUUUAAAAAAUGGUAGUUUUUCGAGGGCUGGAAUGAAUUGAUGGCAUUUCAAUUUAUUUCAAUGGGAAAACUGAUUUGAUGUUCAGUACAAGCUGGGUCGCGGAAUGAAUUAACACUCUUAAGUCAAGGUACCACUGUAUGUAUUUAUUAUAUACUUAUAACUGGAAAAUGACAUAUUUUUUGUAUGUAGCCCUUCAAGUGACAGAUUUUAGUACACCUGGAACUUGUACAUACAUGAAUUAACAGCAGCCUAUUUAAAAAAAAAAAAAAAAAAAACACACCCCUAACUUGACACUUGUACUAACAGCAUUAGCCUUAUGUGGCAUUCACAGCUAAUUAACAACAAAUACAAACAGUGACAAAUUAGUAAGUUUUCCUUUUUUUUUAUUUUAUUUUUUUUAUUGAAUUUGACAGUAUCGGUUGGUGUUUUAUAUUGUUAUUGAUUGAAUGUUAUGACACGUGAACAUCUGUCUCAGCAGUUUGUAUUAAUUCUUCUCUUCAUAUACGGACGCAAAAUUCCUGCAACACCCUCCCUUCACCUCCUUUCCCUUUUCUACCUCAGAUUCGAAUGCCCACGCCCCCUCCAAGACAAUAUAACCUUUAUUCCUUUUAUUAACUGUGCAUGUUUAUAUAUUUUUGGUUGUUUAUUGGCUCAAUAAAAGCACAAAGUAUGCAGACGA